CAGGGGGUGGGGCUGUGUGGGCGGGGCGUGUCCCGGAGCCCCGCCCCUCCUCCCUGUCGCCUCGUGCAGCAGUCUCUCGCCUUGCCCCAGACUGCAGGAGCCAGAGACGCGCAGAAUCCUCGCUCCAGACGCAGAUUCCUCCCACGCUCCACACCGUAGACCGAAAGGAAGAUGAAGUCCACUAUUGGUAUUGCAGUCCUCGUGACAGUGCUCCAAGUUGCCCGCUGCCAGAGGAUUAGAAGCCUGACCGCUUGCCUGAGCGACCAAAGCCUGCGCUUGGACUGUGCGUACGAAAAGAAGACCUCAAAUGCCCUGACCUACGACUUCCGCCUGAGCAGGGAUUCCGGCUUGGGGAUUGUUGUUGCCAGCAGCCAGAACGUCCCCAAUGCCAUCUACAAGAACCGGGCCAACGUCACCGUGUCCAACAACCUGGUGUGCCUUCACCUUGCGGGCUUCACCACCGCCGAUGAGGGGACCUACGUGUGCAGGCUGAAGAUCACCAACGAUUAUGAGGAUAACCAGAUGAAGAACAUCUCGGUUUUCAAAGACCGGCUGGAGAAAUGCGCAGGAAUCAGCCUCUUGAUCCAAAACACCUCCUGGCUGCUGCUGCUGCUGCUCUCAUUGCCUCUCCUGCAAGCUGUGGAUUUUGUGUCCCUGUAAAGAAGGAGAAGCGAGCAAAGUGGGGGGAGGGAGGGAGGGAGGGAGGGAAGGGAGAGCCGGCUGGGGAGCGGACUUAAACCCAACAGAGCAUCGUGGCCCUUUCCUUUUUUCAUUGUUGUUCUUGUUCCAGAAAGAGGCAGCCGAUAAGGAGGAUGGUUUGAUGCCGAACCCCGAUUGUAUCUCUUAAUAUUAUCUCUCUAUAUCUCUCUCUAUAUAGCCGCAUAGCUGAUAAAAGUGACUGAUUUGCGCUAAAAGCCAGUAUCAUGCUGCCACAUUCAAGCAACGGAUCACCCAGAGGGUGCGACAGGAAAAGGACGGGGGGGGAUCCUCAGCGCUCCAUCCAGAAAUCAAGCAUGGCAGAAUUUAUGUGCCACUGCCUUCCUUUCUUUUGUCCCACCCCAUGCCAAUUUUUGCUAUUUCGGUUCCUCUCUUUAUUUGCCCACUUCUCCCAAAUGUGCCCCUGCUUCUGGUCUUCUGCAGCUUUGUCUUAGAGACUCGAGGGAAGGAAGCAAUGCCAGCAAGGCUCAGCAUGCUUUUUAAAUUUUAAACCAAAGAGGUGUGCAGCAAAACGUAGAGGGGGCAGGUGGAGGGGGGGGUUCAUAGAGCACAUCUUAGACUCCAACUCCCAUCAGCCCCCACCCAGCCUGCUUGGCUGUUGAUCAGGUGUCAUGGGAGUUGUGAGGGCGACAGCAUGCAUUGAGAGCCUGCAUAUUUCUUGCAAACCACUUAGAGGUUUAAGUACAAUCAAGCGAUAUAUAUAUAUAUACACUUUGUUAAAUGAAAUAAAUUAAUUUUUGGAGGACAGCCCUGACGCACAGUGCUCUUUUCCCUCUGAAGCCCACAGUGGUCUUUAUUGCAGCAUGGCCCUUAUCUGCUGGGUAUCCUCCGCGAGAGAACAGGAAACCCCUUGCACCUAGGGUUGGGUUGCAAAAGGAAUAGCAGAGGCUUGCAGAUUCACUACCGGGGUUGGGCGUUGGCUGCUGGACGAAGGAGUCGUAGCUUUAGUGGCAUGGAAGUCAUGUGUUUGCAUUGCAUGCAAAAGGUUCCAGAUUCAAUCCCUGCCAACCUGUCACUGAAAGCUGUUUGCCAGGGAGCAGCAGUGAGGGAGAGAGUUGUAUGCUGUUACUUUGAUUUGCUUGUUUUCAUGCAGUUUGUGGGCUUCCCAGUGUAGGCAAGUGAAGUUGAGUGCUGAGCUCAGGUGCAACUGACCCGGCAGGGCUUUUCUUGCAUUUGGGAGAGCCUGGGGUGCAGCAGUGGGUGGGUGAGCUUCAAAUUUGCCCAUCAUUUGCUCUGCAUAACAGGAUCCUCGAAUUGGCUGGGUUCCGUGAAGGAGAGCUAAAAUCAGUCCUAGCCCAAGCAACUGUUCUGCUAACCCUGGCUUGUUUGUUUUUUAAGGAAGAUUUUUAAAAAAUUAUUGUUGCACGGCAACCCAGGCUCCAAGUGAUGUGAGAUUCCAGCGGUUCCAGCUGCUUACCCCAGGGUUUGUGGAAAUGAGGCAUGGCAGAGACUGUGUUGUCUUUAAUAUAUAUGGUUUAUUUACACAUAUAUACAACCUGAGCCUAUGAAGGAGGAAUUCACAGCAUCAUCACCCCAAAAGGGUCUUGUUUCUCCCAUAGUCCAAGCCUUGGAUUCAAACAGACUUCAAAUAUUGCUUUCUAACAUUGCUCUCCCUCUCUUUCUUCAGCUUGCUGCUUUCCUUCUAGGACACACCUCUCCUCACCUCUCAGCCUUAAACUCUGGCUUUGUCUAUUGAGGGAGGGGGACCCACCUAUUCCCAGUCUAGCACAAGCCCUUAGGUCUUUUGUUCUCCUAAUGGCCCAUCACCCAGGAGGCUAGCCUGACUUGAUUAGCUUUUGCACACUUGCUGAAACCAGAGAUUAGACGCUUCUCGCAUUCCGUUUAACUCCUCAAGCACUUACUGGAUCCAGGGAAUAGAGUGGUCUGGCACCCACAAACUCAUAACACUACCUCCCCCCCCAAAAAAAAAAAAAUCAGACACCUGUCCACACAUUUUCAACAAACAGCAAAAUAUCUCUUUCCUGCAGAAAAUUCACAAACAAGUGAGCCAAAGCAUGAGAACACACAUCAUUAAAAACAGAUAAAAAUACAAAAUGACACUUUUAACCCAACCCAGUACAGUAUCAGCUUAUUCCUUUCAAACAAGUCAGGUUUUCUCCUUUCUCCUUAGUGCACACUCCGAGUCAGUUCUGUAUUCCACACUUGGCAUGUCCAAGAUAGUGAGUUUUGACAUGUUUAAGGCAGGAUACAACUCUUAGCGCCUUUGUUCAUUUCCCCCUUCUGCUCCUGCUGCACAAGGCAGCUUUCAAACAUACAGCUAGCUCAACAGUUCCUACAAAUCAUUCAACAGCUCCCAUCACCACAAACAUGCAAAAAACAACAACAAAUCAACAGCAUUCAGAAAAUAAAAUAAAAAACUUGCCAAAACUUCCAGGAUGGUCCCCUGCAGCAAAUAAUAAAACAGUCCCAAAAAAACAUACCAUGCUGUUGCCUGCAUGACUGUUUGUCUUGGGAUUUCACCAAGUUCUCAGUUCCAAGUAGAUCAACAGUUUACUUUGGGGCUCAAAUCACACAUUCAGGGUUUGUUUUUCAAAUUUCUCUUUCCCCUCCCCUCUAGUUGUGGAUCGGAGGCUCCAAACUCCAGUCCCCAAACAGUCUCUGCAGUGGCAUGCAGGGCUUCAAGACACAACCAUAGGGGAACACAUCUGCUUCUGCACUGGCACACUGGGGGUUCCCUUCUACUUUUUUCAUCUUACUAACCCUGGGCCAGUCCACUACAUCCCCUGCCCCCAAACUGUAAAUCAAAGUCUUUACCUGGGGAUACCUUCAUUAGGAUCAGACCCCCUAAGUUGGUGACCAGAAAUUGGCCUCUGUUUCCUCCCAACAGCCGUGAAUUCCCCUCUCUGCUUACUCCCAACAUCUCCUGAAUGCUUCAUGGGCCCAAAGAAAGGCAGGUAAUCCUCCCAGUGGCUCUUUCUUCCAAAACCCAUGAGAUCCUGGGUGACUGUAAGUUCUGGGAUGGGUGCCCACCGUGCAAGGCUAUAUUAGGGCACCCAAGGGGCAAAAUCAUUGUGGGCAGUUAUCUCAUCCAUUUCCUCAGACACCAGCUGCUCUUCUUGAAUGCUCUCUCAUACCUCCAAUUUCUCCUGCCACAUCUCUUCUUUUGGCACCUCUGCAAGCCACUUAUGCACACUUAUGCCUCUGGCUUUUCCGGUGUCUUUUCCACCACUAAGAAAAACACCGCUGCUCUACUUGCGCACAAAUAUUAACACAUCUCUUUUUCUGGCACACAUGGAGUGAAUAGAUCUCUAGGCAGCAGCUCUUCACCUCCAUCCUGCAGUGUGUCCUCCCGCUGAGGCACCUUCCUCCUGCACUCUCCCUUUUCCACAGCAGGCUCCGAGGGAGUGGAGAAAUCAGUCAGUAGCAGCUGCUCAGCUCCAGCCAGCUGGAGGCGUUGUCUUCCCCCUUGCCUUCAGCUACUAACUUUGCGGUCCAAGCCUCUCAGCUGCCCAUCCACACAGUGGAUCUGUUUGGCCACCCUUCCAUCUAGGCGUCUUGUAGCUGAGCUCCUGGGUCACUUCCAAACCCCUGUAAGCAUAUCAUGAGGCAAGGCUCUCACCUCGCAUGUAGUCAUGCAUUCAUCUCCAUGGAGAAUUCGUCGCCACUCUGCCAGCAGCUGAUCCAUUUUAUCCAACCGCCUGCUUUGUUGUUACUUCACUCUCGUAAGCCACUCAAGGAGGGUUGCUGUUGUUCCUGCCGAUUCAGGCACACAUCUUUCCCACGCCCUCCUCCAGGAAACCCAAAUGCCAACUUCUGACACCAGUGUUGCACAGCAAUCCAAUCUCUGAGCAAUUCAAGAUUCUGGGGUUCUAUGAGCUUACCCAGGGUUUGUGUUUCCUUUAGGUAAUGAGGCCUGGCAGAGACUGUUGCCUUUAAUAUAUAUGGUUUAUUUAUCUAUGAUAUAUUGUUCAUUUAUUAACCUGAGCCUACAAUGGAGGGGUUCACAGCAUCAGCACCCCAAAAGGGUCUUGUUUCUUCCACACCUAUGGUACAUACUGAUGUCUGCCAUGGAUCCAGACAGACAUCAAACAUGGCUUUCUAAAGUUGCGCUCUCACGCUCUCUCCAGCUUGCUGCUUUGCUUCUAGGGCACAUUCCUUCUCACCUCUAAUCUAAACUCUGGUUUUGUCCUUUGAAGGAGGCCCCACCCACCCAUUUUUCAUCUAGGACAAGCCCUUUGGUCCUUUGUUUUCUUAAUGGCCCAUCACCCAGCAGCCUAACCUAUCUCAAUUAGCUUUUAACACUUGCUGAAUCCAGGGAUUAGAAGUGUCUAGUACUCAGUUUAAUACUCCAAACCUUGAUUAAACUCUAAAACUUAUUGGAUCCAGGAACAUUAUCAAGUAUCGGGGCAAAGCUUUCUGGUUUACCCAGCCCAAGGUGAGCAGUUUUUAGUCUGUCAGCAAAACAGAUCUUGGUCUUUUCUCUGAAGAAAAACCUAGUGUGUAAAAGAAGC